AAUACUAAUACUAGUACUAAUUUUUAUAAUUUGAAAAACAAUGACCAACUAAGUGAAGGAAAGAAAUGUGAAAAAGGAAAAGGAGGAUGCUAUCGUCGCCAAUUUUCCAAAUGGAAUCCCAAAACGCCGACGAAGAGGACCAGUUCUUCGACGCACUCGACGACUUCCCUUUUUACGAUUGCCUUGCCUUCGACGAAUCAGAUUCUUCCACGUCCGACUUACCUUCUACUAUCCGCCAUCGGGUCUUCUCUCGCAGAGGAAUCUCCUCCAAGGAACCCGGCGAUUUACUUCCAGAAGCUUCCACCAUCGAAGACCACUCGAAAACCAAUUUGAGAGAGCCAAGGUCUAAGUUUUACCGCGAUGUGAAGACAAAUGAUCACACUUUCGAGAUAACUGAGUCAACUCGCGAUGGCCUCAACUCGAACCGCGUCAUAGAAGAGAAAAGCGACGUCGAAUCCACGGUCACCACUGCGAGAAACGAUGAAUUAGUUGACCGAGCCCGUAACUCGGCUGAUUUGGGCGCUGAACUAAGUGAGUCACUAUAUUCUUCCUCGAGUUUGCUAGUGUUUAUAGCUGGUUUAAUGAUAAAGGCAAUCGGGUUUCAGUUAAAUUUGCUAAUAAGCUUCGUUACGUUUCCUCUGUCAGUGUUAAGCUCCUGCUACAUGUUUAUUAUUGAUCCUUUUCAAGCUUUGAGGAAUGGUAGAGCUUAUAUAAUCACAAAGUUGUUAAAUAUAUGGAAUUCUAUUUGUGGGUAUUUUAGUCCUUUGAUGUAUGAGUGGUUAAAGGAUUUUAAUUCUAUAUGGAACCUUGUGUUCCGAUUUGGGUGGGGAAUGUUUUGGGCUACAUAUGUAGGCUGUGUUUUAUGUGGGUUAUUGUUUACUUCACUUGUGAUUAGUGGGGUUUUGAUGAGGUAUUUGGUGGAGGAACCAUUGAAGAUAAAGGAAAUGUUGAACUUUGAUUUUACUAAGAGUAGUCCGGUUGCAUUCGUUCCUGUUGUAUCUUGUGCUGCUGUUGGUUGUGGCAUGAAAUGUAUGGAGAAGAUAGAUGUUGGGAAGAAUGUGGGUUCCCGAGUCAUACCGCCCGAUCACAAAUUGCAGGUUACGGUUUCUUUGACAUUGCCAGAGUCAGAGUACAACAGAAAUCUUGGGAUGUUCCAGGUCAGGGUAGAUUUCCUGUCUGUUAAUGGUGAAACUCUCGCCAGUUCAAGCCAUCCAUGCAUGUUGAAAUUCAAAAGUGAGCCUAUCCGCAUUCUGUUGACAUUCUUUAAGGUUACUCCUCUUAUCACUGGCUAUGUUUCAGAGGCACAGACUCUGAAUCUGAAGAUUAGAGGUUUGAAUGAAGGAAUUGUGCCUACUGCUUGUUUAAGGGUAGUACUUGAACAACGAGCGGAGUACAGGCCGGGUGCUGGUAUUCCUGAACUAUAUGAUGCGUCCCUCAUCCUUGAUUCUGAGCUUCCUUUUAUAAAAAGAAUUAUAUGGUACUGGAAGAAAACUAUAUUUAUAUGGGUCAGCUUGACAUCAUUUAUGAUGGAAUUAUUGUUUGCUUUAGUUUGUUGUAGACCUAUACUCAUUCCAAGAACAAGGACAAGAGAUGGUUCUGCUAGCAGCAGUUCUACACAGAAUAGAUUGCAAGCACAGAUUUGAAGCACUGCAGACUUGAUAAUAAUGCAAUUAAAGAUUUACCUUAUCCUUUAGUUUUCCCCUGAUUUUUUAAAUCUUUUUCAACUCUGAUGUACAAUUGUAUAUAUUUCUUCUUUUAAAUAAAUUGAAAUGAUUGAAGUUUUUGUGUUUGGAGUUGUCUUAGGUCUAAUUCCUAUUACUUUGGCUGGAUUAUUCAUAACCGCAUAUUUACAUUACAGAC